GAGAGGAGGGACAGCAUGCCAGAGCCCGGCUGCAUCUCUCCCACCAACACCGAGCGACAGCAUCGUUUGACUGCGUUUAAGGACCAAUCUGCCCUCAGCUCGUCUUACACUGCAACAAGGGAAGCAGCGAUGGACUGACGGGAAGAGAGAAGGAGGGAGGGAGACUAAAAGGAGGGAAAGAUAGAGAAACGCCACCUCUUUUUUUUCCCUCUUUCUUUUUUUUUUCAGCGAGUUUACAUUUAGUGGACGCUCCUCGGGUUUAUAUUUGCACAGCGGGACGGAUCGAGUUGCCUCAACGUCUUUGUCAAAAGAGAUGUGACGGGAAAACACUGAUAGCCGGAGAAUGCUUCGUUACAAGCGGCUAUAGCAGCGCAUCUCCUGUAAGAUGGACGAGACAUAUUGGGGUUAAGGAACUGGCGAUUUAGCACGUUGCGGGGGAGAGAUGUUUAGCAGCUGGCGAAGGGUUUUCAGGAGGAUGAUGAUGCCUUCCCUGGCGUCAUUUUUUCUCUUGUAAUAUGUAGCUCAAGCGAAGGGAGGUAUACUCAGCUGUCUCUCGGCUUGUGAAGACCCCUAAAAGCUUCGUUCACCAGCUGGAACAAAGCGCUUUGGGUGGCAGCAAGCUUUCAUACUUUGAACUUCCAAAAGACGACAGAGAUGCCCCGCAACGAAGUGAGUGCAGCCUCCUGAGCUGUCCGUGGUGCUGAGCAGACCAGUCAGCUCUUCUACGAGUCACCCUCUCUGCACAGAGCAAUUAAAACAAAUCCUUAUCUAAUAAUAAUAAUAAGGUAAUCACCCUCCUGGAACAGAGUAAGGAGACAAAAAGCAGUAUACUACAUAUGGACAUUCCGGCUUGACUGGGUCAGCCAGACAAUAUUCUCUUUCAUGGCUGUGGCACGUAAAAUCAAAACUUUGCUGACCGUCAACAUCUUGGUGUUCGUGGGGAUUAUCUUGUUCUCGGUGUACUGCAGGAUCCAGGACCGAUCCGAGGAGCUCAUCCAGAUAGGGCGUAUUUCUGACCAGAGGCUCCGAGCCAGGAAUGGAAAAGUUUCCAACUUGGUGGACAGGCAAUCUAUUCUUCAGAGGCUGGAGAGGCUGGAGGACGUGGUCUACAACCAGUUAAACGGUUUAGCUAAGCCCAUGGGGCUGGUAGAGGGACCUGGAGGCCUUGGCCAGGGGGGAGCUGCUGCCACCCUGGGAGAGGAUAGCCGCGAUGCAGAAGGGAAGUAUGAGGAAUAUGGCUACAAUGCUCAGCUCAGUGACCGGAUCUCCCUUGACAGAAGCAUACCUGACUACAGGCCUAAAAAGUGUAAGCAACUGACAUACCCAGAGGACCUACCUCAGAUCUCAGUGGUCUUCAUCUUCGUGAACGAGGCUCUAUCGGUGAUCCUGCGCUCUGUCCACAGUGUGGUCAACCACACACCGGCACACCUGCUCAAGGAGAUCAUCCUUGUGGACGACAACAGUGACAGCGUGGAGCUUAAAUUCAACUUGGACCAGUAUGUGAACAAACGCUAUCCAGGUCUGGUAAAGAUCGUGAGGAACAGCAAGCGGGAGGGCUUGAUCCGAGCCAGAAUACACGGCUGGAACGCAGCCACGGCUCCAGUAGUUGGCUUCUUUGAUGCUCACGUUGAGUUCAACACUGGCUGGUCUGAACCUAUUCUGACCCGGAUGAAGGAGGAUCACACCCGCAUCAUCCUACCUGCCAUAGAUAACAUCAAGUACAACAACUUUGAGGUGCAGCAGUAUGCCAACGCCGCCCACGGUUACAACUGGGGUUUGUGGUGUAUGUACAUCAUCCCGCCACAGGAGUGGCUGGACAAGGGCGAUGAGACAGCCCCUAUCAGAACUCCAGCGAUGAUUGGCUGCUCCUUUGUGGUAGACCGGGAGUACUUUGGUGAGAUUGGCCUGCUGGAUCCUGGCAUGGAGGUCUAUGGAGGCGAGAACAUUGAGCUCGGCAUGAGGGUGUGGCAGUGUGGAGGGAGCAUGGAAGUCCUGCCAUGUGCCAGAGUGGCCCAUAUCGAGCGCACCAAGAAGCCCUACAACAAUGACAUAGAUUACUACGCUAAGCGCAAUGCCUUACGAGCAGCUGAGGUGUGGAUGGACGAAUACAAAUCUCAUGUCUACAUGGCCUGGAACAUUCCCAUGAACAACCCUGGGGUUGAUUUUGGGGAUGUCUCGGAGCGCUUGGCCCUACGGAAAAGGCUGCAGUGUCGGAGUUUUCGCUGGUACCUUGAACAUGUCUACCCAGAGAUGCGGAUCUACAACAACACCAUCACAUAUGGCGAGGUGAGAAACAGCAAAGCCAGUGGUUACUGCCUGGAUCAGGGCUCUGAGGACGAUGACAAAGCCAUUCUCUAUCCCUGCCACGGCAUGUCCUCCCAGCUUGCUCGUUACACUACAGAGGGUCUUCUCCAGCUUGGACCCCUGGGGUCAACCACCUUCCUACCUGACACAAAAUGCCUCAUUGAUGAUGGCAGAGGACGUACUCCCAGUCUGAAAAAAUGUGAGGUUGUCACAAGGACUUCCCAGAGACUUUGGGACUUCACACAGAAUGGUCCAAUCAUCAACAGAGACACUGGUCGGUGUUUGGAGGUAGAAAUGUCCAAAGAUGCCAACUUUGGUCUUCGCCUGGUGGUCCAGAGAUGCUCUGGUCAAAAAUGGAUGAUACGAAACUGGAUUAAGCAUCUCAGGCACUGAAGAGACUUCUGACACAGUUUGGGUAGUGCUUCAAGUCAUGGUCGGCUUUCUAGCUGUGGACACUUCAGAGAGGAGUUGGAAUUGGUGGUGCUACAGUGUGUGAUAUCUCACACUGCAGACUAUGUAGCACCCUGAGCUCCCCUCAGGCCACUGAGCUUUCCCAACUCCAAAUCUGUCUUACAAAAAAAAAAAAAGAUCAAUUUAUUAGUUCCACUGAGCAGCAUGUUCGAACUGGACAUUAAAACAAGCUGCACUGUUUGAUAUAACCCACAUUUCUGACAUUCAGCUACAUGUACAGAACACAGUACUUGAGUGCAGCGUUUCCACCAUAAAACUCUCAGAUUGCAGGAGAUAAAAAGGCUUGUGACUGCAUAUGUCUGUUGAUUUUUUUUUCUGGGUGGAUUUGAAUAAAUAAGGAGAGAUAAUUGUUGUCACUGGCCACAUUAAAGUUAUUCUUUUGAAAGGUAAUUUGAGAAAAUAGCUUUGGGGCAAUGUUCCUCCCUGGCAAGACAUGUAAUAGGCUUCAAAGGGACCCGCUGUCCUUAAAUAAAGCAACAUUUCACCUGCACUCACACCAACCUCCACACUUGUUUUUUUCUUCGGACUGCAUUGCUCACUGUGGACAAGAGCAAUCUUGUGCCUUUGUUUCUCUUAUUUUUCAGCUUCAUCUGACCAGGGAAUGUCAGCCCCAAGCAUGUAUGAAAAUAUUUGAAAAUUAAAUUAUAAAAUAAUGUAUAAAACAGUGUAAUGAUAGUAAUAUAUUGUAAAAAGUGAAAAAUUGUUAUCUGUCCUCUGAUAACUUUUAGGAUAUUAAAAUCGUUUUUAUGA